AUGACAACACCAUCACCCCAACCUCCUGCUUCUUCAGCCACGGAUACAUACCCCUACCCACCCCACCACUCCUUCNCCNCCUUCUACACCCUCCAACCAAACCAAAGCACCCUAACCCGCCAACUCCACCUCUGGUCCCACCUAAUCCAAUCCUACUGCCGUUUCCACAAAACCUUCCAUCUCUCCAUCUCUUCCUCCUCUACCUCUCCCCUUUUCAGCAACNCAAAAAUCCACCGUUCGCUCUCAGCCCCCGACAUCAAAAGAAUCAUCGACUACAUGAGCACCGCAGAAGGCGAAAACAGAGCAGAAUGGCAAGGCAAAGAACGCACAACGGCAUGGAUAUGGUGGAAGAGUGCCAAUGAGUGGGCAGAGCAGAUUGCAAAGUGGGUGGAUGAGACGGGGCAAAAGGGUGUCGUGUUGACGAUAUAUGAAUUGAGAGAAUCGGAGGCGGUGGAGAAGCAGGAGUGGGUGGGUAUGGAUGAGGAGAUGCUGAGGAGGUGUUUGGAUGUUUUGGUCAAGAAGGGGAGGGCGCAGGUGUUUGGGCAGCAGGAUGGGAGUGGUGUCAAGUUUUUCUGA